UCUCGUCGCGAUGAAAGCACCGAGUUCGGGAACGCUGCUAGUACUACUAAUUAUAUUGAUCGGCGCAACAAUCCGGAUUAAGGCUCAAACUACUGCUAGAAACAUCAACAAUAAUGACGCAACCGAAUCUCCCCUGGAUCCGAUGGAGUUUUCCUACUUCACCCUGUGGAAGUACACCGAAACGGAGUGUGAGAAGAAGGGGAUCAAUGGGUCGGUGAUUACGACUACUUGGAUCGGUGUUAGAAAUUGUCUAAGGAAAACACUGGACGUGGUUCAGUUCAACAUGGAUUCUUUGCGGCUGGAUUUGGAUACACAGCAGGCGAUUCUGCAAAAGCAUUGUCCGAAUUUAAUGAAGGCGACGAACUGUUUCGAGCCGUUCAUGAAAACCGUUAAAUCCUGUGUUCCGGAAAGUAAUUACGAGAUUUAUGAAGCACUGAAGGGAUGGUUUUCGAGCGUCAUGGAGCAUGUUUGCAGGGAUAAUGGAACAUACAUAAAGUACGACAAAGCCAAGCAUGAAAAGUGUUCUGCUGAAAUGGGAGCUUACAUUUUUGAAUGCGCAGCGCUAAAUAUAAUCGAUAAACAGUAUGAAGACAGGAAAUCAUUUACUGAGGAAGAUUGCAGCAUGCUGGUACGGGUGAAGAAUUGUCUAGUGAAUAAACUCAACGACUGUUCUGUGUUUUCCAUGAUUGCUCAACUAUUCUACGACCAUUUUAUAAAAAUAACUUCAUGUAACCAAAAGACGAGUUGAGAAUAGCUAAACGAAAAAUAAAUGU